UUUUCUGUUUGGAUUUUUCGAUUUUGUACGUGGUUAGGUAUUUUAGGGUUUGUUUGAUUAUUGUGUUGGUUUUUUAUUUUUGUAUUGGGUUUCAAUUGCAGCAUUGGAGGCAGAUAAUACUGCUGGUUCAAGGUUGCAGGAGGUUAAAAAAAAUUGCUUUACGUCCUCUAAAAAAUGUCAUCACUAAGGAACGCCAUCAGCAGACGGGCACACAAGGAACGAGCUCAACCGUCCUCGAGGAAAAAAUUUGGGCUUCUUGAGAAACACAAGGAUUAUGUCGUCCGUGCUAAAGCAUUCCACAAGAAGGAAGAGACCUUACGGAAACUCAAGGAGAAAGCUGCUUUCAGAAACCCGGAUGAGUUUUACUUUCAGAUGAUAAAAACGAGAACUGUGGAUGGAGUUCAUAAGCCAGAGAAUCAAGCUAACAAAUACUCUCAAGAAGAACUCAUGCUAAUGAAGACCCAAGAUAUAGGAUAUAUAUUGCAGAAAUUGCAAAGCGAAAGAAAGAAAGUUGAGAAGCUAACUGCAGUGUUGCAUUCUGUUGAUAAUCAUCCAUCUAACAGACACAUUUACUAUGCAGAAGACAGGGAAGAAGCUAGAGAAUUACAAUCACAAGCUUUAGAAAGCAAAGUUACUCUCCUUUCUGGUGAUAUCCCUGAUCAUAUUAAAAGGAAGACUGCUACUUCGUACAGGGAAUUAGAGGCCAGGAAGAGUAGAGUGAAUCAGUUGGAGAAACUAUAUAUGGAAAUGUCCCUGAAGAAGGAAUUACAGAAAAGGGCCGGAAGCGCAAACUCCGAGAAGAUGAGUUGACAUGUCCAACCUCCAAGCCAGUGUAUAAAUGGAGAUCAGAAAGGAAGAGGUGACAGAUAUUGCCUGUUCAUGGUGGCAAGGACCUUUUGGGAGCAUCCAUCAUGUAGUAGUGAUCAAAAGACAUAAAGGUUGGAGUGGUUAUUGACCACAAAGUGUUUCCAUUAUUGAGAUUUCUCCAUGCAUGCGACCAAUACCUUUUGGGAAAUGUUUCAAUAUGCUA